UAGGGCGGCCGGAGAAGCGGGCAAACUGAAUUGCUCGGGCGGCAACAAUCGUGACGGCGCUUGGUUCCGCUUCGGUUCUCCCGCCGUCAUGGCGUUUGCUUGCUUGGAAGAUCCAACAUUAGAGAGGCAUUUUAAAGGCCACCGAGAUGCAGUAACUAGUGUGGAUUUCAGUCUAAAUAAGAAACAGCUUGUAAGUGGCUCUAUGGAUUCUUGUUUGAUGAUCUGGAGCAUGAAACCUCAGAUGAGAGCCUAUCGCUUUGUGGGUCACAAAGAUGCAGUAAUGUGUGUGCAUUUUUCACCAUCUGGCCAUUUGAUUGCUUCCGGUUCUAGAGAUAAAACCGUUCGCUUAUGGGUUCCAAGUGUCAAGGGAGAAUCGACUGCCUUCAAGGCCCAUACAGCAACCGUCAGAAGCGUUCACUUUUCUACUGAUGGGCAGUCGUUGGUUACAGCCUCUGAUGACAAAACAGUUAAAGUGUGGGCUGUCCACAGACAAAAAUUCUUGUUCUCCCUAAGUCAACACAUCAACUGGGUUCGUUGUGCUAAAUUUUCGCCUGAUGGAAGACUGAUCGUAUCCUCCAGUGAUGACAAGACUGUCAAACUCUGGGAUAAAACAAGCAGAGAAUGUAUACAUUCUUUCUGUGAGCAUGGCGGGUUUGUACCUCAUGUGGACUUUCACCCUAGUGGCACGUGCAUCGCUGCAGCCGGCACAGACAACACAGUGAAAGUGUGGGAUGUUAGAAUGAAUAGGCUUCUGCAGCAUUAUCAAGUGCAUAGUUCUUCAGUGAACUGCUUGUCCUUUCACUCCUCUGGAAAUUAUCUAAUUACUGCUUCUAAUGAUUCAACUUUAAAAAUACUGGAUUUACUAGAGGGGAGACUGCUGUAUACACUUCACAGCCACCAGGGUCCAGCUACUUGUGUUUCUUUUUCAAGAACGGGCGACAUCUUUGCUUCAGGAGGCUUCGAUGAGCAGGUAAUGGUAUGGAAGACAAAUUUUGAUGCUGCUGAUUAUGGUGAUGUAUUAAAAACGAGGAAACAAAGUACGAAUGUGAAUGGUGCUGAUUAUGGUGAUACUCCAGGAGCACAGAAAUCCAACACAAAUAUGAAUGGUGCUUUUAACAGUGUGCAUUCGGCGAUGGAUUUUGGGGACGUGCCAGAUAAACAAAAAAAUCAGGAAACCACAGAAUCGGUUAAAAGGCAGCGAGAACAAAUGGAUGAGGCCAGUCUGGCCACCACCCUCCAGCAUAUUGUGGGGCAGCUAGAUGUUCUUACCCAGACUGUUUCCAUUCUGGAACAGAGAUUAACCUUAACAGAAGACAAGCUGAAGGAGUGUCUUGAGAAUCAACAAAAGAUUGCUCAGAAUAAAUCCAACUGAUUCCCCAAGAAACUUGUGAAGCUAGCAUUGCUUGGCUGCAAAUCUGUGUGCAUUCUAAGGAUUUCAUGUGAAUAUUUUAAAUGAAAUAUUUCCUAUUUUAUUAGAAUAAAUUGUACAUCUAACAGUGUGUGUAAAUAGAUUUUG